AUGGGAAAGAAGAAUAGAAGCAGAACAAGAAAGAAGGCUAGUAAAGCCAGACACUCAAGAGUGGACACUACGCAGAAUAUCAACGACUCGGUUCUUUCUGACGAUGACUACGUGCUGUCUCCCCGCCAUCUUCACGGUAAUCUGUUCGUGGAUCGUCGAGGCGACAUGAAUACCACCAUUUCUGGAGUCCAUAGAGACUCUCAUCGUCACAACAGUCACAGGGGCCUGCUUCCACUUACAGACCGCAACUUACAGACUAUGCUUGAACAGAAUGGUGCUAAUGGGACUGGAGCUCGGUUUGGCCAGGUAGCGUUGGAUAUGGAUCAGUUUGCCCAACAACAGCAUCAGCUCCGAGGCUCCUAUGGUGGAGGAGACAUCGGUGACGGUUACUCGAUGUAUAGCGACCAGUCUCAGCAGCUGCUGCUUGAGUUUGGCGAGCUGAAUCCCUCCCUGGACCAUCUGAGUGACCUGACGUCAUUGGAUGAUGUGUGUUUUCCAGAUUACUACGAGGGACUCAUGGACGCAGACAGUGCUGAGAUCGAGAAUGUUUGGCCCGAUUUGUCUGUUUUGGAAGAGUUCGUUACUGAGGAAUUGGAGGAGUUGCACGAAGACACUAAUGAGCCUCAAGAGGUCAAUUUCCAUUAUCCAGUAGCAAGAAGAGUAUCUGCAGCAGAUGGCAGAGAUCCAAGGAUCGCCAGUAGAAUGGACGAUGUUCUGCCAACUAAUGAGGAGGCUCCAUUGUUGCAACUGGUACAUGUUGAUGAGCGAGUUCUGGUCAAGCUGUCUUCGCUGUCUUUCCGAGUUCGCCCUAAACCUAUUCAGCCAUGGGAGAAGAGUCAAGCACAUAUCAAUCAGUUCUUGAAUAACGCCGGUCAAUCGAAGAAAGACUCAUUGUGCAGAUUCACUUAUUUCCGGGAAGACAUUGAAGGGACUGUGCAUGCAGCCACUCUCCUGGGAUUGGUUUCCGAUCGUAUUACCGAAAAGGACGAGCUGGUCUCCCAAGCCUUGCUGCAGUUGUUUUCUCCAUCGCUGUAUGCCAAGGAUACUCUGACACGCGAGGAGACACCCGUGCCAGACCAUGUGGAGAUCACCGUAGGAGAUUCUCCCAACCCAACUUCAGGACCCACAGGUUUGCAGAUCAACAAUGCCAUUCUGCGCUCCCAUGCUCUGAAAUUGGCAUCUCCCAUGCCUGGAGCAAGUAUUCCAUCAAUAUCAGGAACGGCACCUGCAACAACUAUUAAUAGUGUGAGUGUCGGCCAUCAUCAUCAUCAUGCGCCGCCAUUCUGGCUCGAUAUUUUGGACCCUCUGGAGGAAGAGAUGAAGGUGCUUUCCAAGACUUUUGGACUUCAUCCCCUCACUACGGAAGAUAUAUUCUUGGGCGAGACUCGUGAGAAAGUGGAAUUGUUCCGCCAGUAUUACUUUAUUUGUUUCACCUCAUUCGAUAUUAAGUGGUGA